ACACCGACGAUGAAGCUCCUUUUGUCGCUGCUGAGCAUCCUCGGCGUCAUUGCCAGUCUCGCCUCGGCGCAGGCCAACGACACCCCGGACCUCAACAUCCAGACGACGUUCCCCAACAAUGCCUUUAACCGCGUCUCCAACGGCCAGGCGAAUCGCGUCGUCUUCUCGGUCACGCCUCCUCGGUCCGAGGACCGCAUCUUGACGCUCGAGGGCAUCAAGGGUGCCUUCCUGAACCGCGACAAGAUCGGAAAGCGAGGCUAUGUCAUGAGAAAUAUGACCGAGACAAAGUACAAGUCCCUGCCAAUCAAGCCUGUCGACGGCAAGCCACUGCAGGUGCCGUACGACUUCUACCCCGAGUUCAAGCCCCAGGAGCUCGGCGUCGAGUUCCGACUCAUUGUCAACGACCAGCAGACGGGCAAGAAGCACAAUCUCCACGCCUACACGGGCACCGUCACUGUCGUCGAGCCUGCAAAGAGCUGGUUCGAUCUCCAGGCUCUCUCCCUCUACGCCAUCCUGGCGGGCAUCGUCGGGACAGCCAUCUGGUGGGCCUCGCAGAACUACCCGGGCAGCAAGACGAUCAGCAAGCGCAAAGAGCGCAGUGCAGCCGCCUCUUCCUCGGCUGCUUCGCCGCCUUCGCCGUCAAAGGCUUCCGCUUCGGGCGUCAAGGUCCCCGGACAGGCGGGCUACGACGAGGACUGGAUCCCCGAGCACCACCUCAAGAAGGGAAGCCGGCCCACGAGCCCUAGGCCAAGGUCCACACGGUCUGGCAGCUCGAAGAAGUGAGGCGGGACCUUGCUUCCCCUUCCACCUUCAAAGAGCUAUUGCGAGGAGAGGGGCGUGGGAUGGCAAGUGAGAAAGGGUAAAAGGAGUCAAAAGGAAGGGGAAACAAAGAAGGGCAAGUCGUCCUCGUCCUCGUGCGAGCGUGGACAGACCAAGCUUGUCGUUUUUGUCUCCUGGUGCUCGGUGUAAGUCUAGUCCACAAAUCAGAAAAUGCAAAAGGCGAGAAGAAGCCUGUAAAGUGACAAAGGAGAUCUGGGGAAGGAGACUGAUCGCAUGUAGCCCUGUGGCCUUUCUCAUCCGAGUCUCGAUUUCAGUCUGGUGCCUAUCUGUGUACAUGUCCGAUGAGAAUUCCAUUAGGCAGCGCGUCAAGCUGCUCAUCG